AGGCUAACAGUGGACGGUCUUCUUGUUUAUUUCCCUUAUGAUUACAUUUACCCUGAGCAGUAUGCGUAUAUGUUGGAGUUGAAACGAGCUCUAGAUGCUAAAGGCCAUGGACUACUGGAAAUGCCAUCAGGAACAGGGAAGACCAUAUCCCUUUUAUCUCUAAUUGUAGCAUACAUGAUACAGAAUCCUCAUCAUGUCAGAAAACUCAUCUACUGUUCCCGUACAGUGCCAGAGAUUGAGAAGGUUCUAGAAGAGCUAAAGAACCUCAUAAAGUAUUAUGAGAAGUCUCAGGGAGAGAAACCAAGCCUCACAGGAGUGGUGCUCUCCUCCAGGAAGAAUCUCUGCAUACAUCCUGAUGUUUCAAGAGAAAGGGAAGGCAAGUUAGUGGAUGGUAAAUGCCACUCACUCACUGCAAGCUACAUCAGAGAGAGACAUGAAUCUGACAACUCAGUGCCUAUAUGUCAAUUCUACGAAGGUUUCAACCGUGAAGGCAAGGAGUCGAUGUUACCGUACGGUGUCUACACCAUGGACGAUCUGAAACAAUAUGGCGCCGACAGAAAUUGGUGUCCGUAUUUCCUGUCUAGGUUUGCUAUUAUUCAUGCUGAGAUCGUGGUCUACUCGUACCAUUAUCUCUUAGACCCAAAGAUAGCCGAAGUAGUGUCCAAGGAGAUGAACAGGGAAGCUGUAGUGGUGUUUGAUGAAGCCCACAACAUAGACAAUGUGUGCAUAGACUCGUUAAGUGUGAAGGUCACUCGGAGGACCAUAGAUAGAAGCACUAUGGCUCUACAGCAGCUUGAGAAGACUGUGGCUCAGAUUCGUGAAGCAGACGCAGCUCGGCUGACAGUAGAAUAUGAGCAGAUGGUGGAAGGGCUGCGUCACGCUGCCAUGCAGAGAGAAACCGACGCAGUGCUUGGCAACCCUAUACUACCCGACGAUGUGUUAAACGAGGUAGUACCCGGUAACAUAAGGAACGCAGAGCACUUCCUCAGCUUUCUGAAACGCUUCAUAGAGUACUUGAAAACUAGGCUAAGGAUACAACAUGUCGUGCAAGAAUCUCCCGCCGGGUUCCUAAAAGACGUGCAAGCGCGAGUGUGUAUAGAGCGCAAACCGCUUCGUUUCUGUGCUACCCGGUUGUCAUCCCUGAUGAAGACAUUGGAGAUACCGGACCCCUCAAACUUCGCGUCCCUCACUCUCAUCACACACCUGGCUACUCUCGUCUCCACUUAUACGAAGGGGUUUACCAUCAUCAUAGAACCCUUUGAUGAUAAAACCCCCACGGUCUCCAACCCAAUUUUGCAUUUUUCGUGCAUGGAUUCAUCAAUAGCCAUGCGGCCAGUAUUUGCCAGAUUCCAAUCGGUUAUUAUAACGUCAGGGACCUUAUCACCGUUGGACAUGUACCCAAAGAUCCUGGAUUUCAACCCAAUCAUAAUGAGUUCAUUCACUAUGACUCUAGCCAGGCCUUGUAUAUUACCUAUGAUUGUAUCAAAAGGCAGUGAUCAAGUAGCAAUAUCGUCUAAAUAUGAAACGAGAGAAGACGUAGCUGUGAUUAGAAAUUAUGGACAAUUACUUGUAGAGAUUUCAGCGUCGGUACCUGAUGGCGUGGUAUGUUUCUUCACAUCGUAUUUAUAUUUGGAAAGCGUGGUCGGGGCGUGGUACGAUCAAGGCGUAGUGGCAAGCUUACAGCGACACAAACUGCUGUUUAUUGAGACUCAAGAUUCAGCUGAAACCAGUUUCGCUCUCAUCAAUUAUAUCAAGGCGUGCGAGAGCGGGCGCGGCGCCGUGCUGCUGUCGGUGGCGCGCGGCAAGGUGUCGGAGGGAGUCGACUUCGACCACCAUCUCGGCCGCGCCGUGCUCAUGUUCGGCAUACCGUACGUCUUCACGCAGAGCCGCAUACUCAAGGCACGACUCGACUACCUCAGGGACCAGUUCCAGAUCCGUGAGAAUGACUUCCUAACAUUCGACGCGAUGCGUCACGCUGCGCAGUGCGUCGGUCGAGCGUUGCGAGGGAAGACGGACUACGGUAUAAUGAUAUUCGCGGACAAGCGGUUCAGUCGCGCGGACAAGCGCACCAAGCUGCCUCGCUGGAUACAGGAACAUCUCAAGGAUUCUCUCUGCAAUCUUAGCACGGAGGAGGCUGUACAGAUAUGCAAACGCUGGCUCCGUCAAAUGGCGCAGCCGUUCACUCGCGAAGACCAGCUCGGCGUGUCCUUACUAACAUUGCAACAAUUGCAAUCCGAAGAACAGCAGGAAAAGAUUGAGAAGCAAGUCAUACAGAAAUGA